GCGAAAGAAAAAGAUAACGUAAAUGGCUUUGCCUUUCCUCCUCUGAUUCCCUUCUCGACCUUCACCUUCACCUUCACCUUCACCUUCACCUUCCUCUCUCUACUCGAGGUGUUCCCUUCUGCAUCGCUCCGGCCCGACUCGUCGUUUUCAUGGAGGAGCACGCCGACUUCCGCGACUGGGAGAUCCUUCCGGGGUCGGAUGCCGGAGAGGACUUCAAGACUUUGCGAGCCUCGUCGGAGGACGGCUCCGAAGACGGUGCCAUCAAAUUCGACUACUUCGCGAUCGAUUCCGGAAAGUGCUACCACAAAGGGGCCGCCUUCGGUGACAGCGCCUGCGAGGAAGACGUGCAUGUUGAUUCAGAUAACCCUAGCUGGAUCGACCCUGAAUCCGAUUAUCAAUUCGAUGAUCGGACCAAAGGAGAGGUGGGUUUUCCUAAAGUAAGUUCGGGAGGCGGAUUUUGGUCGGACGAGACAUCGGAGGGGCAGAUAUCGCCUUUUGGUAGUGAAAAGGGGAGGUCUGAAGUAGACGAGGAUGUGAAAGGUGUGGAUGCCGAGGGGAUUAAGGAGGUUAAAGUGACAAGUGUGGUGAAUGAGAAUCUUGACCAAGAAGAUGUUGAUGAAAAUGCGAAGAUUCAUAUUUCUUCAGGGGAUUUGGAGGGUAAAAGUGUGGGCCUGGACAAGGUUUUGGCUAAUGGAGAAGAGAAGAGAGGGAAAAAUUGGUGGAAGUUCCCUUUUGAGAUUCUAAAGUUCUGUGCUUUCAAUGUGAAGCCAGUUUGGUCGAUAUCUAUAGCUGCGGCCAUAUUGGGGGUGAUGAUGCUUGGAAGAAGGCUGUAUAGGAUGAAAGAGAAAACUAGAAGUAUUCCUCUCAGGAUCAUCUUGGAUGAAAAGAAAGCAUUCCAGUUAAAGAUCCGUGCAGCUCGUCUUAACGAAGCCUUCUCCAUCAUGCGGCGAGUUCCGAACAUAAGGCCUUCUCUACCUUCCGGUGGCUUGACAGCAUGGUCUGUGCUCAGCCUUCAGUGAGAUGCAUCUGAUCCAUAGAUGCGGACCACACGCUCCAGUUAUUAUUGUCAACAAGCAAACACUGUUGAAUGAAACUUAUAAAGUAGCUCUGACCGUUGGAAACAUAAAAGAUUUCAUGUUCCAAGCAAGCAUUGGUGUUCAAGGUGAUCUCAAACUUGAGGUCAUUGAACAUGUUAUCGAUGUCGCUCUUAAACUGAGGUCAUGUGUCUAUCUGAAGUAGUAGACUAUCUUCAAGAUACUGUAUAAUUGUAACUUAGAUACACGUUGCUCUCUGUGUGUGCCCAUUAUUAUUCAGAGAGAGGAUUUGCCUAUACUAAA